UGACUAUUCAGAAACGACCCAGGUGUUCUGGACUGGUUCUCUGACACACCUCACCUGAGGUACACCGGGGACCACGAUGCUGCAGCUCGGGGAUGAAGUCACCCUGUAUUCGGUGGUUUUCGUCCUGGUCCUGCUGGGGACCCGGAGCCCGCUGUGGACGACCGCACUCACCGCCUCCCUCUACCUCUUUAUGGCCAUGUUCCGGUUCCCGCAGGUACCGCACAGCCGAGCCCGGCAGGUUCUGCACCCCGCGAGGGGCUCGACGGGCUCCGGCCAGGUGUCGGUGGUCGCUCACCGGGGCGGUGGGCACGACGCUCCGGAGAACACGUUAGCAUCUAUCCGGGAGGCCAGUAAGAACGGGGCCACAGGCGUGGAGCUGGACCUGGAGUUCUCAGCUGAUGGCGUCCCGAUUCUGAUGCACGAUGACACCGUCGACCGGACCACCAACGGGUCAGGGCCACUCAGCCAGAUGAUGCUGUCCGAGUUGGGAAAACUGGACGCCGCUGCUAAACACCGACUGAGAGAAACGUUUGCUGGAGAGAAGAUCCCGACUCUGGACGAGGCUGUGCAGGAAUGCAUCAGGUUGCAGCUCACCAUCUACUUUGAUGUCAAAGGUCAUCCAGACGAGGCGGCCGCAGCCCUCAAAGCGUUGUAUAAAAAACAUCCAGUCCUCUACAACAGCAGCAUCGUGUGCUCCUUUGAGCCCAAAGUCAUCUACAGGAUGAGACAGAGCGACCCUGAAGUGGUCACGGCGCUGACCCACCGGCCCUGGAGCCUGAGCAGGUUGGGAGAUGGUGCUCCGCGUUUCUCGUCGCCGUGGAAACACCACUGGAUGACCCUGAUGGACAUGGCGUUGGACUGGGCGCACCAUCACAUCCUGUGGAAGCUGUGUGGCAUCUCUGCCUUCCUCAUACAGAAGAACUUUGUGUCACUGGACUACAUCCAGUACUGGUCCCGGAGGGGGGUGGAGGUGGUGGCCUGGACGGUCAACACUCAGGUGGAGAAGGAGUAUUACCAGGAGCUGCUGAAAGUAAACUACAUCACAGACAGCCUGCUGGAAGACUGUGAACCUCAUUACUGAGACGCGCUGUCUUUAAGAAGAUAAAUAUAUGAACAUUUCAGAACAUCACUCAUGAUGUAAGAGGUGAUAUCUGUAUGUGCACAUUCUCUCUGUUUAACACUGACGUCUGAUUCUGGAGAUUUAUCUGGGGGGGGGGGGGGGGGGGGGGUGAUGGUGAUAUUUACACCCCUGUGACAUUUCUCUGAAUGUCCUUGAGGCGUAAUGGAGGGGAUGAAGUGACCCCCCCCUCUGUCCUGUCUUCAGAAGUCUUAUCCGAGGUGAGACGGGGUCAGCUGAGUCAGCGCGGGAGAACAGCGUAAAUAUUCUGUUCUGCUUGUUUUAAAUGUGAUUGUAACCUGGACGUCCUUUGGAGAAUGAAUAAAGGUUGGAUUGAUUGAU